AUGGUGAAGUUCCUGAAGCCAAACAAGGCGGUGAUCCUCCUCCAAGGGAAGUACGCCGGUCACAAGGCCACCAUCGUGAAGAACUUCGACGAUGGCACGCGCGACCGCCCCUACGGCCACUGCCUCGUCGCCGGCGUAGCCAAGUACCCGAGCAAGGUCAUCCGCAAGGACUCGGCCAAGAAGCAGGCCAAGAAGUCACGCAGCAUUGGUUAUUCGGAUGAUCGCGAGGACUUGACAACCUUUGCUAAUUCGAUAGGGAGCAUCAGAGAUGGAACCAUUAAGGAAUUCAAUGAUAGAUGUGCCUUGAUAGACAUGUCUGGGUGCAAAGAUGAUUCUAGGCAUUUGAAAGAUAGGGCUAUACUAGCCCCAAAGUUGGAGGUGGUUGAGUCUAUGGAUGAGUACGCAACGUCUUUGAACGUGACUAAUGGUCAAACAUACUUGAGCUUUGAUGCCUAUCAGGUUAACUUCAAAGCCCAAGAGAGAGGGUUCGGACCAAAAUCCAAAAGCCUCUUUUGGCAUACCCUUCAACGCUAUCCUCAUUCAUCUUCUACGCUCCAGCUGGCAGUGGAGAUGGCCAUGGCCACUGUAAAUCAAGUCCAUUUCCCAUCAAGCGCACGGCCGAUCACCAGCAAUUUCAUGGCUGGUUCUGUUUCAGCUCUUGUUUUCGCUUUGCCCGGCACUUGUAAAUGUCCAGCUCCGACGGACUCCAAGCGCGGUCGAAGUUGUGUCCCGUUUGCUUCGGUUGCGCCGGUCGAGGAGAAGACUGAAACAAAGACUGCCGUGAUCAGAAUUGGCACCAGGGGAAGCCCACUUGCUCUCGCACAAGCUUAUGAAACCCGAGAUAAACUGAUUAGUUCACAUCCGGAGCUAGCCGAGGAUGGGGCUAUCCAAAUCGUGAUCAUUAAGACAACUGGCGACAAAAUCUUGAGUCAGCCGCUGGCGGAUAUUGGCGGGAAGGGUCUAUUCACCAAGGAAAUAGAUGAGGCCCUCAUUAAUGGUGAUAUUGAUAUAGCUGUCCACUCGAUGAAAGAUGUCCCAACGUAUCUCCCUGAAAAGACUACACUGCCGUGCAAUCUCCCUCGGGAGGAUGUUCGGGAUGCUUUCAUUUGCUUGAGUGCCAACUCUCUGGCCGAGCUGCCGGCAGGCAGUGUUGUUGGUACUGCUUCUUUGAGAAGGAAGUCACAACUUCUCUAUAGAUAUCCAUCGCUAAAGGUGCUGGAGAAUUUCCGAGGUAAUGUGCAGACAAGGCUAAGAAAACUGAAUGAGGGGGUGGUCCAGGCAACACUACUGGCACUAGCAGGUUUGAAGCGCCUAAACAUGACCGAAAAUGUGGCUACAGUUCUAUCCAUUGAUGAUAUGCUUCCUGCUGUAGCCCAAGGAGCCAUCGGGAUUGCGUGCAGAAGUGAUGAUGACAAAAUGGCAACUUAUUUGGCAUCCUUGAAUCAUGAGGAUACAAGAUUAGCUGUAGUGUGUGAAAGGGCUUUUCUUGAGAAAUUGGAUGGUUCUUGUCGGACACCGAUAGCUGGGUAUGCCCGUCGAGAUGAAGAUGGGAAUUGUGUUUUUAAAGCACUGGUGGCAUCACCCGAUGGAACCCAAGUGCUUGAAACCUCAAGGAGGGGCCCUUAUGCUUAUGAAGAUAUGAUAAAGAUGGGUGUGGAUGCUGGUGAGGAACUUUUGUCACGAGCUGGUUCUGGUUUCUUUUACAGAUGA